GUCUACUACGAGUAACCCCACAUUGGUACCUCCGCUCCGCUCUCCGCAAUAUCAACAACAGGAACACUAGCAGCCACGCGACAUUUAUCUGACCUCUCCAUUCAAGCACUCUACGACCAUGGAAAACGGCGCUGAUCCCCAGACCGACCCCUCCACCUUUUUGAGCAGUAUGCUUGGCGCUCCAGUCACGGUUAAGCUGAAUUCUGGCAUCGUCUACAAAGUUUGGAACAUUGGCUCAUACCAGACAGGUGACCUUCAAUCUGUCGAUGGCUAUAUGAACAUCGCGCUCGAGCAGUGCAAGGAAAUAGUCGAUGGCAAACCUCGGCGCAAUUAUGGCGACGCAUUUUUGAGAGGCAACAACGGUGGGCAACCAUGAGAAGAAUGUGCUUGCACGAGACACUGACAAAUACAGUCAUGUACAUCUCUGCCGACUCGUGAUCUUAACGGCUACCAAUAUUGCACAACUUGACGUUAAUCGGAACAAGGAAUAUGGGGGAGACACA